AAGACGGCGGCCCAGCUGUCACGGCGCGCGAAAGAUCAAAAUUUCUAUUCGGUGUGUGGAACAGGCGGGAGGACGAGAGGCAGCCGAGCUAAACGCGGUCUAAAUGCGCUCUAAACGACUAAAAUAGCCUUUUGCCACGCAGACAUUGACUCUUGGACGUCUGUUGUGGCUGCUACGAUUUGACGAGACGUUGUCUUCACCGGUUUCUUUUGCAAAAGACCGUAAACUAGACGGCGGAAAAAAAUGAGCCUCGUCCUCGCUCAACAACAGGCUGAGGGGCUCCCAGCUGUGGCCCAGACAGCAACAGAGAGUGACUCGGACAGCGGGAUGGGCUCUCCGGCAGAGGAGAUGGUGGCAGAGACAACUAACAAUAGAGAUGAGUGUCCAGAUUCUGAUGACGAUGAAGACAUCACAGCUCACAGAAAACCUCGCCGUAAUGCCAUCAGAGACAGCGACAGCGAGGAGGAGGAUGAUGAGGCAGCUGCAGACAACAGCGUACACAUGGCUGAAGCGCUGGUGUUGUCUGCUUCCAGUGGAGAGGAGAUGGAGACCGGAGAGGCGGAAGAGAAGGAUGAGAUGAAAAAGAAAAGGGCGCAGAAGAGCAAGAGAAUAACCCGCGCUCCCGUCGACAGCGAAGACAGUGAGCCUGAGCCAGAGAAAUGCGGAGAAGUGGAGGAGGAGGCGAAGACGGAAGUAAAAUCAAUGAAAGAUCGGAAGAAGAGCCAGAGGCAUCGGGAGAAAAAGGAGAAGCAUAGCAAAGCAGUGGAAAAACUGAAGAAGAAAGAGAGAUUCUCUGAAGUGAAUGAGGACGCACCUCUUCCUCGGGCUCUGAAUGACAGUGGAUGCCUGCUGGGUGACACAGAACUCUUUGACACUGGUCUGGAUGAGGAGGAGGACGAAGAAGAAGAGUCUCUGGAUGCCAUCCGAGCUGCAGUCAAGCAUAAGAUGAAAAAACAUAACGAACCUUACCUGGAUGAGGAAGAUGAAGAGGCACCAGAAAAACCCCAGCGUGUGGAGAGGAAAGCUGCACGUGCCAGCAAAGAGGCAAUGAAGCAACUCCACAGUGAGUCUCAGAGGCUGAUCAGAGAGUCUACACUCGGUCUGCCCUACCACAUUCCUGAGCCGAAGACCAUCAACCAGUUCUUUAAGAAGAGAGCCAGGCCAGAGGGUCCUGCCAUGGCACUGCUGAAGUCUACAAAGUAUUCAGCCAUGAUGUUGGAGACACUGCCAGCUCCACCUCCACCUCCUGCAAACCCUCCCAGUGAGCCCCAACAGCCAUCCGCAGAGACAGAGCAGGAGUCUCCUACCUCUCUGGAUCUCUCAUCCACUCAGAUCCAGCCCUUACACCAGCCUGCCGCAACCUCGUCCCCGCAGCAGGAGAGCCUGAGUCAAGACAGGGAAGCCACCGAGAGCCCAGACCCCGACCAAGAAUCUGGCCCGAUGCUUUACCUCUCUGAGAGUCUGCAAGAGUCGGUCCCAACAGACGCUGUGGUGACUUCUGCUUCUGGCUCUGGAGAAGAAGAAGAAGCCCCCGUAGCCCCUCUAGAACAAAGCCAGACCGCAGCCGUGUCUGAUUCUGAAGCCCAGCAAGAAGAGGCUGGAUCUGGGGCUUCGGUCGAGCCUCCAGCCCCUCAGUGUGAGAGCGCUGAUCCAGCUGCAGCAGAGCCCUCAGCGCAGCAACCCACCAAACCCAAGAAAGACAAAUUAACCAGACUAAAGGAGCUUGGACUGGACCCCCCACCUGUCGCCAAAUUGUGCGCUGAUGACGGAGCUUUUGUUGAGCUUGAACCUCCACCGCUCAACCCUGGUGUGGAGGCCCUGAAGGAGCGUUACCUUCGUCACGUCCAGGCACCCGCUCGUCCCCAAGGAGAGCGUACGAUGCAGCUCAGCAUCGUCCGCAAAGACAGCACCCCGUCCGGCCAGGAAGAGUUGCUCACCGAGUCCGUCACCGUGACCGUUAAAGAGGGGGCGGAGGAACCUGUGGUCGCCAAACCUGGAGAGAAGCUGUUGACUCUGAAGCAACGACUGCAGCUCGCCAUGGCCCAACGGAGAAAAGAGGAUAGGGCACGCAAGGCCGAGCUGAAUCGCCUAGACAAUGAAGAGUGUGGAGAGGAAGAAGAGGAGGAGGAAGAAAUGACAGAUGAGUCUGAUGAAGAAGAGGGUGUAGAAGACCUGUUGGGAGGCAAUGAUGGUGAAGAUGAGGCAGAAGAGGAGGAGGAGGAAGGCAGUGUGGUCCAGAGUAUCAGGAGCCCUUCUCCUGUGGCGCUGAACGGACCCUCGCCGACUCCUGACCUCGUUAACACAGAUGGCUCGCUCAUGCUGUUCCCUGGCAACUCCUGCUCUCGCACCGGUGAUGGUGUAAGGAGGUCUGGUCCCUCUGGACAGGACAACAGUAAUAAGAUGGAAGAGGACGACUCUCUGUCCCUGGUGAAGGACAACAGCCACAACAGCAGCUUUGAGCUGGCGGGAUCCAUGAUCACCUCCUACCAGCCCGUCAGUCAUCAGCGCUCCACAGGAAGAGGCGUUUCCAGCUCCUCCAUGUUCCGAUCCCCUUCUCCCUGCCUCUUCAGGCCCAGCUUCCUCAGCUCUGCUUCCAAGAGCUCAGGCAAACUGUCCGAGCCCUCUCUCUGCCUCCCUGUUGAAGACUCCCAAGACCUGUACGCACCUCCCUCCCCAGGCGCUGACUCGGGGCCCUUGGGUGGAGCGGCUCCCGGUCCCGGCCUUGGAGGAGACUCCCAAGGUCGCUUCUCCCUAGAAGACGAUACCCAUUCCCAGUUACUUGACGCAGAUGGCUUCCUUAACGUGGGGCCUCGUCCCGGUGCGCCUCGCUCCCACAAGAGACAGUUGAUCCUGGACAGCUUGGAUGAAAACGCCAUGGACGCCAACAUGGGGGAGCUUUUAGGGUUGUGCUCGGGUGUUUUUGGGACGGCGGGGAGUAGCUCGAGUGGAGGUGGACAGGUGGCAGGAGGCCUCGGGGCGACACAGGAAGAUGAGCUGCUCGGGUUGUGCUCGGGGGCGUUUCCGCCCACGCAGGCUGACAAGGAGCAGACGGAAACUGAGAAGAGUAAAGAGGGAGAACAGGAUGAAGAUACUGACAAUACCAUGGACCAGCUGCUGGGACUGUGUUCAGGCAAAUUUCCCAGUCAAGGUUCUGCUCAUCCGGCUUCACCAGCACAAGACAGUAAAACAAAGCCAGAGGAAGAGGAGCAGGAGGAGGAAGAGGACUGUGAGUUCCGGCUUCUGUCAGAUGUUGAAAGUCACAGCGAGGAGGAAAACGACGAUGAGGAUGGUGAGGAGGACGAUAAUGAUGAUGAUGAGGAGGAGGAGGAGGAGGAGGCGGAUGCUGGUGAGGAAGAGGGGAACGAUGAGGUGGAAGAGGAGGAGAUGGAGGGUGUGUUCGCACCGCACCGGGUUAAGAAAAAGAAGAAAAUGCAUUUGGCCGACUACUUGGAGUCGGAGGCUGAGCUGUCGGGCAGUGACGAAGGCAGCGAAGACGAAGACGAUGACAGAGGCAGCGAGUACGAGGAAGAGGAGAUCCUUGAAGAGCUUCCCUCUGACGAAGAGCUGGCGGACCAGGUCAACAAGAUCCACAUGAAGCAGAUAAUGGAUGAUGAUAAGCGUCGUCUGAGGCUGUACCAGGAACGCUACCUGGCCGACGGUGACCUGCACUCUGACGGUCCGGGACGAGCUCGCCGCUUCCGCUGGAAAAACAUGGACGACGGCUUCAACAUGGACGGGACGGGAGCAGAGGGCGAGGGUGAGGAAGAGGAGGAAGAUGGCGACGUGGACCUCGCUGAGGUCCAGAGGAGGAAGGAGAGACUGGAGAGAGAACAGUGGCUCAGAGAACAGUCUGAACAGAAAGCCAAGAAAGGGGAAGACUUGGAUGCUGAUGAUGAGAAGAUUGGAGAUGAAGAUAGUCAGUUUAUGAAGCUGGCCAAGAAAGUGACUGCCAAGACUCUACAGAGGAAAGAGCUUCCUGUGGCACCACAACCAGAGAAGAAGACGUCAGCAGCUCUCAAUCCCUUCCAGAGACCCUCGCAACCCUUACAGGUGAGAAGAGGGUCGCUCCUGAGUCAGCCUAAAUCCGUCCUGCAGAAGUUGGCUUCGAUCUCGGAGGGGAAUCCUCUGGCGCCCAGAAACAGCCGCGGAUUCCUGUUUCAAACGUUGUCUCCCGAGAAGGACAACAACUCGACCUCAGAUGCUCCUCAGAAACAAACGAUGAAGAAGAGGGGGCAGGUGGCGGCUGUGAACCCUGCAGCUAAGAGGGUCUGCAGGGAGAACAAACCUGUCGGACAGAAGAGAGGCCCCCAGAGAAGCAUUUUCAACUUCCUGGACCACUGAGGUCACGAUUACAUUACAACUGAAUGAUGAUAAUCACCAGCAGGCUGGGAGGCCGGACGUCGUUCACCAGUAGCUCCAGCAGCUGAUUGAGGCCUGAAUUUAACAUCAACGUCCAGUUUUUCAAUCUCCAUUAAGACUUUAAAAACGAAGGAGGUUUCCGGGAUGCCUUGCAGACGACUUCAUAUGUACAAAUACAGAUGGUCGUGUUUGUUUACGAUGCAAACUAAUGAGCACAAUCUGAUGUUUUACUUGAACUUUUUUCCUAACACACACUUGCUGUCCACUAGUUAAAUCCAUCGUGCCAUCAGAGGCGAUCAUCCGUCACAUCAUUACUUGACUUUAUUUGGACUGCUUUUCCCUUUUGUCCAUUUAAAAAUGUUUUAUCAUGUAAAUAGGAUUGAGUUGGUUUUAAAUUGAUAGGGAUUUUUUUAUGUAUUUGUUUUACAUUGUAAAUAAAAGUGUAUUUUAAGACAUC